AUGUUAUUCAAUGUGUUACACAAUUUGUCUCCUAUUAUAUGCAUUUCUUUUUUAUUUGCAUCACAUCUUUACAAAAGUUAAAUUAUAGCAGUAGUAUGUAAAGAUUGUAAUAAUUCUCAUUCACAAACUAAUGGUGUACCAAAGCUGCGUGAUGCAUCAAGAAGUCAAAUCAUGAGACUUUGUUUUUUCUCCUGUCAAAACGUUGACUUUCCUUCUUCCCCCUUCUUUAUGUAAACUUGAUGUGUCAAUUUUGACAGCCUAAAAUCCUUAAUUCCAGUUUCUUCAGCUUUGUUCUAUGGCUACUGAACUAAAGUCUCAAGUGUUCUUGAGUUUCAAAGGCAAAGACACUGGCAAUACUUUUGCGGAUCAUCUCUAUGAAGCUCUGCUGGGAGCAGGAUUUGCAACAUUUCGAAGUGGUGAUGAAAAUGAGAGAAGAGAAGAAAUCAAGUUGGAAUUGCAAAAGGGUAUUAAAGAAUCAGGGGUUUCAAUUAUAAUCUUCUCAAAUGAUUAUGUGUCUUCAAGUUUGUGUCUUGAUGAGUUAGUAAUGAUCUUGGAUUGUAAAAGGAUAUCAAGGCGUGCAGUUCUUCCCAUAUUUUACCAUGUGGAUCCUUCUGAUGUUAGGAAACAAAAGGGGAGAAUUGGUGAAGCAUUUGAUAGGCAUGAAAGUGGAAAUGAGUGGAAAGCUAUGGUUAGAAAAUGGAGGGAAGCACUCAAAGAAGUUGCAGAUUUGGGAGGAAUGGUCUUACAGAACCAAGCUGAGGGACAUGAGUCCAAAUUCAUCCAGAAGAUCCUUAAAGUGGUUGAGAAUAAACUGAGCAGGCCAGUCCUGUAUGUUUGCCCUCAUCUGAUAGGAAUAGAGCGGCGUGUUGAAAAGAUCAACUCAUGGCUAGAGGAUGAAUCUAUUGAUGUUGACACUCUUGUUAUUUCUGGCUUCGGUGGGAUAGGCAAGACAACAAUGGCAAAGUAUGUGUAUAAUUUGAACUUCAGUAAGUUUGAUGGUAGCAGCUUUUUGUCCAAGAUUAGAGAAAAUUCAACACACCGUAAAGGUUUAGUUACUCUUCAAAGGCAAUUUCUUUCUGAUAUUUGCAAAAGAAAGCAGAAACCUAUCUUUUCUGUGGACGAGGGAAUGGCUGAGAUGAGAAAUGCUGCAAGUUGUAAAAGAAUCCUUCUUGUUCUUGAUGAUGUAGAUAACCGUGAUCAAUUGGAUGCUUUACUGGAAAUGAAGGACUUGUUAUACCCCGGAAGUAAAGUCAUUGUGACAACUAGGAACAAGAGAUUGCUUAGGCCUUUUGAUGUGCAUAAGCUUUAUGAGAUUGAAGCUUUGAAUAGAGACGAAUCGGUUGAGCUCUUAAGUUGGCAUGCAUUUGGUCAACAUUGUCCUAUUAAAGGCUUUGAAGUGUUUUCUGAACAAGUAGCAAUCCAUUGUGGAGGGCUUCCAUUAGCACUUGAAGUUCUAGGUGCUACUUUGGCAGGAAGAAACAUGGAUAUUUGGAGAAGUACAAUACAGAAACUGGAAACAAUUCCGAAUCAUCAAAUUAUCAGGAAACUAACAAUAAGUUACGAAUCUCUGGAGGAUGAUCAUGAUAAAAAUUUAUUUCUCCACCUAGCUUGCUUUUUCUUUGGGGAGGACAGAGAUCUAGCAAUAGCUAUUCUCAAUAGGUGCAAUUUUUACACUGUAAUCGGAAUUGAGAAUCUCAUUGACAGAAAUUUUAUAAAAGUUAGUACGUCUAACAGGUUGAUUAUGCAUCAAAUGAUUCGAGAUAUGGGAAGAGACAUUGUUCGCCAAGAAUCACCAGCCGAGCCUGGGAAACGCUCUAGACUGUGGCGUUCGAAGGAUUCCUUUAAUGUCUUAAUCCAGAACCGUGCCACUCAAACAAUUCAGGGCAUUAUCCUCGACAUGGAUAUGCUCAUGGAGAAUGACAUAGUUAACUCAAGCUUUUCCGCCAUUGAUUUCAAGAAACACAAAGCAAAAAACUUUCUCAAAUAUUCUAAUCCCGAGAGAGGUCAAUUCAAACAGAAAAGGUUUGGUUUUUCUCCACGGCAUUUGGCAGAUGCCAAAGAAGUAACAAAUGAGCUGAUUUUGGAAACAGACGUAUUUGCAAAUAUGCAAAAGUUAAGACUGCUCCAAUUCGAUCACGUUGAGCUUCAAGGAUCUUUUGAUGUUUUUCCUAAGAGAUUAAGAUGGUUGCGCUGGUCAGAGCUGCAACUAGAAUGCAUGCCAAUUGAUUUUCCUCUAGAGAGCCUUGUAGUGAUUGAAUUACAACGUAGCAGCUUGAGGAAAAUUUGGCAUGGAGUCAAGUUCCUUAAAUAUCUGAAGAUUUUCGAUCUCAGCCAUUCCUACGAGCUUCUAAGAACACCUGAUUUUUCCGGACUCCCCAAUCUUGAGAAAUUGAUCCUUCGAUAUUGUACAAGCUUGAUUGAACUUCAUGAGACCAUCGGAUGUCUAGAAUCACUUACUCUGUUGAACCUCAAAAAUUGCAAAAAUUUGCAGAGACUUCCAGAUAGCAUUUGCAUGCUAAAAUGUCUGGAGACACUAAAUAUCUCUGGUUGCUCAAAUCUUGAAUAUGUACUGAUGGAUCUGGAUAAAAUGGAUUCGCUGAGAGAGCUGUAUGCUGAUGAAAUUGCAGUUCACGAAAUGAUUUCUACUGCAGAAGAGGUCCAACCAUGGUAUGGAUUCCUUCGAUCCUGGAUGUGGAAGGGAACAAUAUGUCCUGAAGUUUCACAUAUUAGUUUACCUAAUUCUUUGGUUACUUUGAGCCUUGCUAAAUGCAAUCUAUCUGACGAUGCUUUUCCAGUUGCUUUCGGUAGCCUCUCCUUAUUGCAAAACUUAGAUUUGAGCCAAAAUAAAUUUUGCAGUCUACCAAAGGGCAUAACUUAUCUUACUAGACUUCAGAAGCUAGAAGUGGAAAGCUGUGAAAAGCUCAAGUCGCUCUUAGGGCUUCCCAGUAUAGAACAUCUUAAUGUUACUAACUGCAGGUUGUUAGAGAAAAUAUCAUAUCAAUCUAAAUCAUCUAGACUGAAGGAUUUGCUUGUGUCAAAUUGCGUUGAAUUAGUUGAAAUAGACGGAAAUUUCAAGUUAGAACCCUUGAGAAAUACUGAAGCAGAGAUGCUUUGCAAGUUGGGCUUGUGGAACUUGGCUCCUAUGGACAAUGUCAUGAUCAAUCUUACAUCUAAUAUACUGAGUUACUACCGAAUACACGGUAAAGGUUGGACUCCAUCAAGGAAGACGAAGAAAGUUGUUCUUCAGGGACUGUACCAACCAGGUGUCUUUAGCACUUUUCUUCCAGGUGAACAUGUUCGUUCUUGGUUUAGCUCAAAGUUUACAAAUGAGUCACGUACAUCCUUCAAAGUGCCUACCUGUAAUUCCAGAAUCGAAGGCUUGAGUUUUUGUAUUGUGUACAAGCGUUCCACGAUUGGGCUCUCACCAAGCAUUCUCCGUCCCCCACGCCUAACUCCGUCUCCAAGAAUAGCUCAACUUCCCAUGCGCAAAGCUCAAGGAAGACCCCUUCGUUAUCGGCCAGUGCAAAAUAAACCAUAUGAAUCAACUUUUGACUGCCCAUGCAUUACAGUUAAUAACUUAACUCGGAGUUUGAAAUGGUCUUACCAGCCCUUGUUCUACGGAGUUCCAGAAGGGAAGAAAGGAAUGAUGUGGUUAAGCCAUUGGAAACUUGAGAAUCAGUUGAGUAGUGAUGAUGGUAUAGAGGUCACAGUUACCUCAGGAGAUGGAAUCACAGUUAUGGAGUUUGGGAUCAAAAUUCUGCAUGGUGAAGAGCCAAAAGUGCUAGGAGAACCAAGCUGUGAAGAUGCAAGUGGAGAGAGAGAUAUUGUUAAUCCAUUCUGGGAUGAUGUUUUGGGAGAUACUAGCUCGAAGAAUACUUGUUCUGUUCGGCUUCCUCCUACUUAUCGUUCCAUACGUGCUGCUCAUGAGCCCUUUAUGGAGAUGGCACUGAAGAGAAAUAUGUCGGACUGUAACUAGGAACCUACUAAUAGGCAAUUACAUUUCAUUAUACACACUCAAAAUGCAUAUCAAAGUAAGAAAUAUGUUUAUAUGUCUAGCCAUGAUGAAUUUCAAAUAAACUUUGGAGGCUUUAACUA